CAUUUACAAUGUCACUAUGACGUGUACGAUUUUCAUUAAGUGUCAAGUGACUUAUUGAUUCCAAAGAAUCCCAUGAAUUUAUUUUAUUAAAUGAAAGAAAAUAGCUGUAAAAUGGCAAGUAAAAGCAAGCAGAAUGCAGAUGGAAGCAAUAAGGUUAAAUUACAGGAUUCAGCAUGGAAGCGAGCGUUAGUUGCAAACGCCGAAUGGCCGGACAAGGAAGAGUUUUUAGACGUCAUCUAUUGGAUGCGACAAGCUAUGGGCAUUUUUUUGGGUCUGUUUUGGGGCCUACUGCCAAUGAAAGGCUUCGUUGGUUUGUUACUGUUUGUGCUAGUAAAUGCAGCAGUGAUAUACUUUUAUGUUAACAAUUUCCAAAACAUUGAUGAAGAGGAAUAUGGUGGUAUAUGGGAAAUAACAAAGGAAGGCUUCAUGACUUCAUUUGCUGGAUUUUUGGUAACUUGGAUUAUAGUUUAUACAGGGCUACACAUUGCAGACACUUUAUGAGACAUGACUUGAAGCAAAUAAGUGCUACAGUAUCAAGCCAAGACUUUUAUGAGAGAGUCCUAGUACAAAAUAUGUGGACAGUAUGUUCUGUGGUUUCUUCAUAAAAUAAUUAUAAGCUCGUUUUGUUGUCGCUUUUAUAAAUAUCACUCGGAUUGUUCAUAUUAUUCCAUUUGUUUUUUUUUAUUUAUAGUCUAAUUUAUUAUAAUUUCUGAAGUCCUUACAAGGAGGUUCUAUGUCUGUACUUUGUACAUAUUUUUGUUGUAAGGACUUUGCAUUGAUUUUGUUUAAAUCCUGUGUUGGAUAUGUUCAAGUCACUUUAUCAGUCAACGAAAUUUAAUUUAGUUUUGUAAUUAACACCAGAAUUACAUAAUCAACACUUUGAUGUAUGUGGUUUUCUAGCCAGUGCCAAUUAGGGCUAAAUUUUGUACCAUUUGUAAAGCAAUAAUUGUAUAAGUUUUGUAAGAAUUUGUGUAUGGCAAGCUACAUGGAAAAAAUUCAGUAUAUUGUGCAAGCAGGCUGCUUGUAAAGUACUUUUGUAAUGGUUGAACAAUAUUUUUUUCAGAAAAUUCCUCUUAUAAAAAUUCCACAGUCAUGCUCUGUACACACUUGAAAUAUUGACACAUCUGUAACUUCAUUGUUCGUGCAGUACUAAAUAUUUGGAAACAAUACAUGUAAAUUGCUAUUCAAGUCUUCAAGUUGUACUUGUGUAGUACUAUACCUAUGUGCACUGCCAAAAACCUAAUAAAUAUUAUCAUACCUGGCUUCAAAUGUAUAAGUACAAGACAUUGUAUUUAUUCUCUAAAGCUUUAUGGACAAAAAUGAAAUGUAACUUUUGGGUGGCAGAAAAAUUUAAUACUUUGGUCUAACAGCAUUUUGCGAUAUUACUGGACUCUUUGAUAUAACUACUAUAAUAUAGUAUUUGUAGAGAGAAUGCACUGUCAUUUAUUUUGACUGUUUUCCUCUCGACAAUAGUAGCUCAAGAGCCCUUGUCCACCAGACAUCCGUCACUACCAGGGAAGUAAUGUCACAUGGCCCUGGGCUCUCUGACUAAACAUAAAUGCUAUUAUGCCUUUGGUUGGAUAUUAGAAAGUUGCCCAGAUUUGAGAAAUAGGUUAAAUUUUUUCUCAAGUUUCAUAUUUUAGUCAGGACAGUUAAAAAUUUUAGGAUUAGGAUUCGUUUUAUGAAGUGUAUGUAGAUAUGCUGUGAGUUGAUUUAGUGUCGCCACAUACUGAGCUAUAAAACGAACC